AUGAAAGCCACCCUUUUCUCUUUGUUCCAGGUAAUCCGGAUGAACUAUUGGACAGUCGCAGGGCAACGUAUGGUGCUGGCUCAACCACACGACCUGGUCAGUGGGCAGCUCGUAACAAAUGACAUAAUGCCCACGGUGGACGCUGUACUCAACCAAGUUCACAGCGUGGGCAACGAUGGCUAUUACGUUGGAACCAAUGGUCAGUGGACCUACCACAACAACAAUUGCCGAGUUUUCAAACCAAAUGCAUGGGACAGUAAGGAACUUGAAAUGUUUGACCUCGUUGAGGAACUGGACAGGACGUUCUAUGAGUUUAUGUCCAUUGAAAGAACAGCCUCGUUAAGCGAUAUAAAGCGAGCCUACCGAAAGCUUUCUCUCGAACUGCAUCCUGAUAAAAACCCUGACGACCCUGAUGCGUCUCGAAAAUUUCGACAGCUCACAACUGUUUAUCACACUCUUAAAGAUGAAGAACUUCGAAAAAGUUACCAUUCCGUGCUCGACAACGGUCUUCCGGAUUGGAGAACGCCUGUAUUUUACUAUCGCACUUUGCGUAAAAUGUCAAAUACUGAGCUUGCUGUCCUAGCGACAACGUUUUCUAUCGUUAUUCAUUUUGCGGCCGUUUGGGGACAUACGUUUGAAAAACGUUGGACGCUGCGUGAACGGCUAGAAACUCAUUAUAAGCGUCAUAAGGCUUCGGACAAACGAAAGAUCGCCAUCGAUGUUGAAAUCGCUGAACAACUAAAGGCAAUAGCCUCUCCGACUCUUUGGGAUAUCUUGCCAAUUUAUCUCGUUCGAGUGGUGUUAAAUUUUAUCAUAUCUAUUCCGUCGUGCGUCUCCUCUAUGAUCAAACUGAUCAGAGAUCUCGCAGAGGAAAAGAGAAGGACUAAAGAAGAAAUUAAAGAGCUGGAAAGGCUCGAGGAUGAGCGCAAACUGCGGAAAACUCAGAAGAAAAAGCAGCAACCUGAAAAGCUUCAAAAAGAUCCUCUGGAUGUGGAUGUAUCAAUACUGACGACCUUUUCCCCUGACAAUCUGAGGGUGUCAACCGAUGAACUUUGCGAAGCAGACGAUCGGCCCAUAACUACUAAGGUUUGUUGUUCUCCACUACUUCUUUUUGAUGUUCGUUCCGACUUCGAACCCGAUGAGGCGAACGCUUCUGAUGCAGAGGAAGAGGACAGUGAUGACUACUACCUGUCUAGGCGUAAAGCAAAACGCCUUGGCAAAGCGCCGAAAAUUUCUGUACCCAGAGACGAGGCAUCCGACGAAGACGAAGGUAUCAACUUGUUUUUCUUACGCUAA